AAGGAACCCUCCACCCCAAAACAUUUACACUCCAUCUCUCUCCCUCUCCGUGACGAAAGUGGCACUGUGCCGUUCCCCAACUGUUUCCAUGGAGGCAUAGACCCAAGCUUCACUUUCCCCUCCAUUCUCACUUCUCCAAAAGAUGGGAAGUUGGGAAAGGGGCAGUUCUUGAUUUUGCAGGCUUUUGCUUCAGCAAUGGAGGCAACUUGUGUCUGCUCAUGACUAGUAGAAGAAGAUUCAGCAUUACAUAGGAUAGUCUCUCUCUCUCUCUCUCUCUCUCUCUCUCUCUGCAAAAAGCAAUGUGAUGCAGAGGAGAGAUUCUUGAGCUGGUUGUCUGUCUUCCCUCCUUAAAAUGGCGGUGGUGGCUGCCAUUUCUGACCCACCAAACCCCAGCAACCUUUCUGAUAACCCACCAUUGCCAUCAUCAUCAUCUUCGUCCUCUUCGACUCGGGCACCCGCAAAACCCUCUCUUUCGCGUGGCGACAGGGACAGCGGCAAUGGCAGCCUCAAUUCCCGAAGACCUAAAUCCAGGCAGGUCUCUUCCAGAUACCUCUCUCCUUCCCCUUCAGCUUCCACCGCAGCGACAGCAGCAGGCUCGACGCCGGCGGCUGCCUCCAGUUCUCGCCGAUUCGCGUCUCCGGUUCUCUCUCGGUCCUCGAAUUCGACGCCCUCGGCUUCCCCGCUUCCGAAACGGUCUCAGUCGGUGGACCGGAGGCGGCCGACGACGCCGACCCCCAGGCCAAUCCCAAGGCCGAGUUCGCCAGCCCGUCAGGGCAAUGCGGGCGAAGUUUCUGCAGCAGCGAAGAUCCUGAUUUCGUCGAAGAGGAGUUUGUCUGUGUCGUUUCAAGGCGAAGCCUUUUCAGUACCAGUGAAUAAGGCCAAGGAAGUCUCGGCGAGGAAAGCGACCCCAGAGAGGAGGAGAGCAACUUCGGUGAGAGAUUCAGAUGGAGAUCAAGUGGAGAAUUCGAGGCCAGGGGAUCAGCACCGGUGGCCGGCGAGGAUCCGGCAAGGGAAUUUGGUUUCGAGUGCAAAUUCCUUGACUCGGAGCUUGGAUUGUUCGAGUGGGGCUGAGGUUAGGAAGAAGUUGAGUGGGUUUGGAUCUGGGGAUGUGCUCAAAGCAAUGCAGCAAUCAAUGAUUGUAGAGAGUAGACGGACGUCGUUUGAUGGGAGAUUAAGCUUGGAUAUGGGCAAUGCUGAUAGGAUGUUUCCUAGAACGUCAGAUGGGAAUUCAGCGGGCCAUCGAUCGGCUUUUCAUUGUGACGGUACUUCUGAUACUGACAGUGUAUCCUCUGGUGAUGCUUCUGGUCUGCAUGAGUGUGGCGUUGGUGGUAUUGCCAAGCUGAAGAAUGUCCCCAGCGGGAUAGUUGUGUCGGCGAGGUUUUGGCAGGAAACUAACAGCAGGCUGAGGCGGUUGCAAGAUCCUGGCUCGCCAUUAUCGAGUUCUGGGUCGAGAAUAGCAUCCUCUGACAAGUUUGUGCAGUCAAAGCGAUUUAGUGCUGAUAGCUCGAUUUCAACAUCAAGAACAAUGGCCUCUCCCAUUAGAGGGGCUACAAGGCCUGCCUCACCGAGUAAAGUAUGGACUUCUUCUUCGCCAUCCCCAUCGAAAGGGAUGUCCAGUCCUUCUCGGGUUAGACCGGUUUCUGGCAGCUUGACUAGUAGUUCUAAUUUUAGUUCUUCAAUUCUGAGUUUCUCUGUGGACGUUCGGAAAGGGAAGAUGGGGGAGGAUCGUGUUGUUGAUGCACAUAUGCUUAGGCUUCUGUAUAACCGUUACUUGCAGUGGCGACUUGUGAAUGCAAGGGUUGAUGCUAACUCUGUUGUACAGAGAAGAAAUGCUGAGGAUAUAGAUAGUACUGAUGUAGCUUGGUGCUUGUACCAGAAAAUUAUAUGGAAUUCAUGGGUAACCAUCUCGGAACUACAACAUUCUGUCACACUUAAAAGGAUGAAGUUAUUGCUGCUCAGGCAAAAGUUGAAGCUAACAUCUAUCUUGAAGGGACAAAUUUCCUAUCUUGAAGAGUGGUCUCUCCUGGAUAGAGAUCAUGCCAGUUCUUUGCUAGGGGCAACUGAAGCUCUGAGGGCAAGCACUCUUCGUCUUCCAGUCAUUGGGAAAGCAAUUGCCGACGUGCAGAAGCUGAAAGAUGCAAUGGGUUCAGCAGUUGAUGUGAUGCAGGCAAUGGCAUCCUCAAUAUGCUCACUUUCAUUGAAGGUGGAGGAAAUGAACUUCUUGUUGGCUGAACUUGUAAAUGUCACAGCAAAGGAGCAGCUUUCCAUGGUACAAUGCAAGGACUAUUUGUCCAAAUUGACCGCUAUGCAGGUGAAGGACUGUAGCUUGAGAACACAUAUAUUACAAAAGAAUCACCUACUGACGCCCUGAACUCCGACAGCACGUGUUUAGCGCUUAUUUAUUUGACUACUCAUACUCAAAAGCUAACGUUACACUCAACCCAAGUGCAUUUGUCAUCCACCAAGGGACACCACCAAGACGGUAAUAAGAUUAGUUUCAUUCUUUUUCUGUAUUUCCUGUAUCUCCGUGAUAACGAAAAUGGCUUCCUCAUCAGUGGUUUAUUGUAAAGAAUAACACUUCAUGUGUUCAGGGUAAAGGGAAAGCAUUGUAUAUAGAAUGUUCAUUCACAUGAUAAUAGCUAAUUAUGAAGUUAUUGAUAUGAUUAU